AUGGACUUGCUUUUAACCUUGCCAAAAGAGAAAAAUACUUUCGGAGCCGACAUUUUUCGAUACAAUGGCUUCUGGUUUCCUGAAGUACCCUUGCAUGGCAUGAUUGAGUCUGGAAAACAUUUUCAACCUCGGCAGAAUGAUGUGUUCCUCGUAACUGCUCCUAAAUCCGGCACUACAUGGUUGAAGGGCAUCAUGUAUACUUUGCUUAAUCGCGAAAUCCACCAUCCUCAAGAUCCUUACCACCCUUUGCUGACUCAAACUCCCCAUCAGCUUGUUCCUUUUCAUGAAUUACUUAAACGUUCCGAAUACAACUCUGUAUCCAACUCUCCUGAUAGCAGCAGUAGGAUCUUCGGAAGUCAUAUGCCAACAGUUAGUCUUCCUAAAUCCGUAAUAGAAGACAGUGAGUCAUUAAAUUGUAAGAUGGUGUAUUUGUGCAGGGACAUCAAGGACACCUUUGUUUCCUCCUUUCACUUUCUCAAACAGAAUCUAGAGCCAUCAAACAAUUGUAUGGAAAACCUCUUUGAUUUAUACAUCAGAGGAGUAAGUCCGGGUGGACCCGUGUGGGAUCAUAUCAUGGGAUAUUGGAAGGAAAGCUUGGAGAGGCCAAAUAAGGUGUUGUUUAUGAGGUACGAAGACAUGAAAUCCAAGCCUCAUUUUCAGUUGAGGCGUCUUGCGUUUUUUCUGGGAAAGCCCUUCUCCGAAGAGGAAGAAAAUUCAGGUAUGCUUGAUCAAAUCAUAAGUUUGUGCAGCUUUGAUAAUAUGAGGAAUCUUGAGGUUAAUAAGAGCGAUACAACUAAGCUUGGUAUAAAGAAUCACACAUUUUACCGGAGCGGUCAAGUUGGAGAUUGGAAGAAUUAUUUGACUGCGGAGAUGGCUGGGAUAUCAAGGACACGUUUGUUUCCUUCUUUCACUUUGUCAUCAAGCAUGUUGAUCCGUCCUCCACUUCUUUGGAAAAGGUCUUCGAUUUAUACAGUAGAGGACUCAAUGGAGCCUGGACCGGUCUGGGAUCAAAUCAUGGGAUAUUGGAAGGAGAGCUUGGAGAGGCCAGAUAAGGUGUUGUUUGUCAAAGUAUGA